AUGACCUCCAUCGCAACCAGUAUCAACACGAACGCCUCUCAUUUGGUGGGGUGGCACGGCGUGGCUCUUUUCGGAAAGAAGAAUCCCAAAUGGUACCCUUGCGUGGUGAAGAAGGACAACCAAGACGGAACCGUCAAGGUCCAAUGGGACGAUGGUGGCAAGUUUACCAAGCAGCUUCCAGUAGAGAAGUUCCGUCCAGAUAUCCAAGAAGUUGACGAACCCACCGAUGUGGCGUUUGACGUCUUGUUCAAGAAGGAAGAAGAUGGAGAUUAUUGA